AUGGUGAUUACUAUACAAUCAAAUCCCAUUUAUUAUUCAUUAUCAUCAUGUUCAUCAAACCCAAGCUCAUCAGCACGAGAGGUUGUUCUUCAUAGACGAGUCGAUCGUGAUGGUUUUGGAGUAUACAUUGGUGAAGAUGUACCAUCCGGUCUUUAUGUAGUCACUGUAGAAAGUGGAUCACCUGCAGCAGUCGCUAAUAUUCAACCAGGUGAUCGCGUUCUAGCUAUUGAUGGGCAGUUAGUGUCUACGAUGAAAAGUCCAAAAGACAUGCUUAUUCAAAUUGCAAGUAAUUCUCCAACUCUACGACUUACAAUUCAAUCAACAAAUAUGUUAGAUGAACUUGAUGUUCCACUACGAAAUACUCACAGAGAUAAAAAAAAUGAUAGUGGAUCAAAGCGUUCAUCAGUUCAAACAACUGAUAUGAAUGCAGAUCUUGAAGGUUAUAUUCGAACACUUUUUGCUAACGAAGACAUUCAAAUAAUACCAUCAUUGAACAAAAAUGAAUUUAUUAUACAGAACAAUUCAACUCCAAAAUCAUCUAUGCAGCCCAAUGUGCUUUCAUCACGAAGUUCUCAUUCAGAAAGUCAUAAGCAACAACAACAACAACAACAACAACAACAACAUCAUCAUCAUCAUCAUCAUCAACAUCAACGGCAUCAUCAUCAACAUCGUGAAGCAAGACCGAAAAUUCUUGUUACAAAAGAAACUCAAACAUCAAUAGAUGAAGAUGAAGAUGAAAAUAUACAAGAACCACCACCAGUUUCACCAAAUCGACCAUAUCCAAGUAUGGGUACAUCACAUCGUCUAUUACGAACACAACAAGUAGCUCAAAUUGCUCCUGCUGCAUCUAAACAAUAUAUGGCUGAUGUUGUUCGAGCUGCUGUGGUCGCUCAACGUAGACGUGAAGCACAAAAUCGUGAACCAGCUGUUGUUCCUCAACGAGUACCAACACCCCCGCCACAUGUGGAUCCUGUUGUUAUUAUUCCAGCUCCUACACCAGGAGAACUGCCAGUUUUACCACCACCAUACUCAGUCCGAGACGCACUAGCGCCAGACGACAGUAAUCGAGAAAGUGUUAAUGAGGGUUCGUAUAAUGUUCGCGAUGCUCAAGAAAAUCGACAAGUACAGGUAUCGGAACAUGACGCUGGCAAUAUUCCACCAUCAAUAACUGGUACAGGUGUACAUGUCGUUCAUUUGCAUAGUUCGCCAAAUUUCGAAGGAUUUGGUUUUUAUUUACAAUACAACAAAAGUUAUUUUCUCAUUAAUAAAAUUGAAGAAAGUAGUCCAGCUGAGCUUAGUGGUCUUCGUGCGAAUGAUGUUAUACUUGCAAUAAAUCAAAGCUUAACAGACAAAAUGCCUCAUAGUGAAUUCGUUACCAUAGUUGGUGCCAAUAGUACAAUUGAUUUUGUUGUUCAACCUAUUGAAGAUUAUUUACGUUCUAAUUUUCGACCGUCACAAAAUAAACUGUUAGCGCCAACAACUUCAACAAAAGAUAGUUCUGAUGCUGGUCAACAAAAAUUUAGUCUUUCAAAAACUAUAAACAGACUAACCGGUCGUUAA